GUCUCCGGGGUGACGUCAGCGCACCAAUAACAAUAACAGGCAGCCGCAGCGCCACUAGACAGGUGGGCGGCGGGACACGAACGAGCGACAGUACCGUCGUGACCAUGGCAAGCGCUGGGAACGGAGCGCCGGACGGCAAGCAGGCUGAGCGCGGCUGUGACGGGAGUGCCGACGACGAGGAGGAAGAGGAAAGCAAAAGAGCCCAGUGGUCUGGGACGGCCGGGCUGUCGUGGAGGAGACUGGCGCGCGGUGUACUGCUCUUCACCUGCAGCAACGCGAUCUUCUGGUUUGUGGCACUGUCUUCCUGGAGGGUGUAUUACUUGAUUACAUUGGCAUUUCUUGCCUUAGUGAUGGUGCAAAUUGUGAAGGAAUUUGCACUUUUCAGAGCUAGAGGUGCCCAGCUGUGGCAAAGUCUCAGCAAAAGCUGGGAAGUUAUUGAUACCAAACAAGAGAGCAGACCAGGAGAAAUGCACAUCCUUUCUGAGUUCUGGAAAAGCUGCAGUUUAUUUUUCCAAGAAAUGUCUUCAUUUAAACACCAAAAUCCAGGCAAGUUUUGCCUACUUGUCUGUAGCUUGUGCACAUUUUGUGCCGUCCUUGGCCGUUACAUUCCUGGCAUCAUCAUUUCAUAUGUUGCAUUGCUCUGUGCCUUUUUAUGGCCAAUCAUAUCUUCUCAAGAAUUUUCUCGAGCCUUACAUAGUAAAAUGGAACCAAUUAUGCAGAAAUUGGAUUUUGGUAUUUUCCAGAAGUCAUCAAAAACACAAGAAAAGCAACAUCCGGGUUUCAUCGAUGACAACAGUGAAGCAGAUAUAUCUGCAUAUUGUCCAAUGCUAAACCCGCUGAAUUCUGGUAAGGAGCUCUCUGUAUCUGACACAGAAGUAUCAGAGCCUUCUUGGACAGAUAAUGGAACAUUUAACCUCUCAGAGGGACAUACGCCACAAACCGAAAACUCAGAUGAUCUUGACCGUCCAAGUGAUACUGAUGAAGUUUUUACUUGUGGACUUUCUGAAUUCCCAUCUCUGGAAAAUGGUGCAGGAACAAAUGGGGAUGAUGAUGAACUGAGCAUAGGCCUUCCAGCUUCACCUGUCCAGCCAGUGAAUUCUAGGCAGCAGUUGUCAAGUACAAUAAAAGAGCAGUUUUCAUUAUCUCUUACUGGCGGGCACACCGCUGACCUAGUGAGCACCAUGGCAGAGAAAGUCAUUGUCACUGCAGUAACUGCUGCUAUAAAUGAACAGCUCCAGGGUCUUCAGUCUGAGCAGCCUUCCCGUCUUCCUCACCCAGGUGACUUGUUUGGGGAUGAUUCUGAUUCAGAAGAUGCAGAUGACUUUGAAUUGCUCGACCAGUCUGAGCUUGAGCAGGCUGAGAGUGAUAUGGGACUAACUCAGGGACAAAAUAAGAAUGAGGAGGACAACAAAAAGGCCAAAUCCUCUGGUUUUCUCUCCAGUUUACUUGGAGGUCACUAACUUACCGUAAAUAGCAUGUGUGGGACAAAAGGAGAAGGGUGGUAUCAAAUGGAGACUGCAAAUAAUAUUAAAAAGUAGAUACAUAUAAACAAAAAGUACUAUUAAUUAAAAGUGAUAUGUUUUUUGUUUGUUUAUUCGUCAUGAUGCUUAUUUGAAUGUAGAAAUGCUAAGGAUUCUGGUAAAGGGCCUGUGCAUAUUCUUCAAUUUGAACACUUCACAAAAGCAGCACAUGUAAUUGUGUGAGGAUUAAAAAUAAAACAUCAGCCUUGCGUUUAAAGGAGUAAUGAAAACUAAAACAGAAAAAAAUAAAAUUCAGGGAGUAAGAAUUCAUACACUAUUAAUCUAGCAAGCACUUAAUUAAAAGCCAUCAUAAUUCUUUAACCUUGUUAUAAGAAAUUUAAUCUAAAACCUGAUGGAUUUCAGUUGCCCUGGUUUGGGUGGUAUUUUGACAAUCAAAUAUGUUCAUUUUUCAAAAAGAAUUAAUUAAUAACAUUAUGGUAUAAAUCGCAUCUAGUUCACAUUACGUCUCUUGGUUCAUUUUUGAUAUACUGUACAAAUUUGCUAACUCAACAUCAGCAGCUACGGAGAUAGAAAGUUUGAUUGCUGUUAUCAUGCCAUCGAUAGAGAUAUAAGGUCGCACGUUAAGGACUGCAGGAGUUUCAGGUUUUCAUUUCAGUCUAAUUGAUCAUUUUUGUCUUAAUUAAGUUAACUGGUUCCUAUAAUCUAUUUCAUUUUUUUUCUUUAAUCUGAAACACAAACUGUAUUUAACAGGCAUACAAAAGUGGUAAGCGUCUCUGGUUUGCUGUAUAGCUGCACUGUUUACUUCAUAAAGUACUUCACUGUUGACUGGAAUAAAGAAAACUGUAAAAGUUAUACCUCUUAAAGCAGUAAAACAUUUUAAAACAUGUCUAACAUAAUAACUGUAUGGACCCCAGAGUAUAUAUUGACAUGGGUGCACUGGUGAGCAAACUCUGAAGCACCAUCUGUUAUCAAGCUCUGCCUUUGUAGCUUCAUCAUAUGCAGCAUUCUAAAACUUUUACAUUGCUUAUUUUAUUUAGGACUGUAACCGAUGAUGAAUAUCAGAAAUGGGAUAACACUAACAGUUGCUGAAGCUAUGAGAAUAAGAUCUGUACAAAUGUCACUUUCGACCAAUUUGAACAUUACAGGUUUGACUAACAAAAAGUCAGGAAGAACAAAGCAAAAAAUGGACACCUGCUGGAAGUUCCAUAGGUAAAGGAACCAAAUUCAGAUCUAGCUCAUUAGCUGUACUGCUACUAGAGGUAUGUGGGUCCUCUUAAGUAUGUGCAUCAAACCAGUAUUGUAUACAGCUCUUUUUGAUUUAUAGCUCUGUUUUUUUCAUAGGUAGAGUAU